AUGUAUUUGAUCAUUUUUCUAUGUAUAUAUAUGCUAAAUAUAUUAAAAUGUUUGAACACGAAUGCAGGAAUUCAAAGAAGUAUAAACAUAUUAGUACCCAAUGAAAGGAUAUGGAAGAAAAUGAAAUAUGAAAGUAAGCUUUGUAUGUUGCGGAACAAAAUAAAUUUCCAAUUCUGGAAAAAGAAAUAUCAUGAAAGAUCUAUAGAUGAAAAAUUGAAAAUUAUACCAGUAUACAUUUUAACAAACCAUAACAAUUCACCAUAUAUAUUUCACGAAAAUGACAAACAGGUUUGUUAUCUUUUUUUAUGUCCUUACGAUGCUGAAAAUAUGUUGAAUGAAAUAAUAAAUAAUAAUGGUGUAAAGAAUACGAAUAAUAUAAAAAUACAUCACAUAAACAUGCAGAAAGCUUAUGAAUUGAUAAAUGAAUUUUUACGUUUAAAAAAUAUUGAGAACGUGCAUGCUCAUGUAAAAAAAAAUAACGUUUACUGGAAAUUAAUGCCAUCCAGUAGACAAAUUCAAAAUGCUCUUCUAUUUUUAUCUUUUAAAAAAAAAAGUGAAAUAGUAUUUCCUAUCUUUUAUAUAGAAGGAUUUUACUUACAACGAGAUGCUAAAAACAUUGUACCUUUAUUUUUUGACAUGGAGGAUUUGAAGAUUGCAAUUGAAAAAACUCCCAUGAAAAAUUACAAAAUUAAGGUCUUAAAUUUUGUCGACUUGAUCUUUUCGGACGACAACAAGAAGUUCGGCUUUAUACCCAGUUCUACAAGCUUAGCAUAUGUGGAUAAAUUGAAAAAAAUUGUAUUAAGAAAAUCUUAUUUUUAA